GGUGGAGACUGGACCUAUAGUAAAACAGACAAGUGAGUACUCUGCUGUAGUGAGUCUGAGCUGAAGGAGUGGAAGCUUACAAUAAGUAUCAUGGCUACAAGGUUUUGUGGAGUCUUUGUCCUUCUCGCAGUGUUUUUCAGUGGACUGCAUGCAUCAAGACCAGCUGUAAACCAGGAACUAUCCAAUCUUUUCAAUGAGCUGUGGAGGUUGGAUGUGAAUCGCAUGAAGCCUGGGAUAGACUACAAUAUAUCUGUUCAGGGUAGAGCCAGCUAUGUGAGCCAGGGCAGCCAUGUUGUGCAGGAUCACGCCUCACAGCCUCUGUUCUCCAAUGUUAAUGAUAACAAACUGAAGAGCACAACCACCACCUCCUGGUUCAUGAAACUCCUGGACAACUAUGAGCGGUCCACAGGCGUGACAGAGCGAGUCACAACAGAGGAGCAGACUGAGACUAAUCUCUUCCUGGAUGCCAUCUUGCAGACAGAAGUCAUGAAGCGGGCUCAUCGGUACCUGGUGAGCAAAGGACAGUCCAGCUCUGACCUGAGGCUGUUUAAGAGUCAGCUACACUUGAUCUGGUUCCAGCUGUACCACAGACAGAGAAACACAGGUCAAACGUUCACCAGCCUGGACUCCUGUGGAUUUGAACAUGUCUUUGUUGGAGAAACAAAAUCUGGAACAGAAAUCAUUGGUUUUCACAACUGGAUCCAGUUCUACCUGCAAGAGAAAAACAGGCACUUGGACUACAAAGGAUACAAAGCCAGGGAGCAUGACUUACCUGAUCAAGACGACCAUGUUCUGAACCUCCAGUUCAGCUGGCACGGUGUGGUGAAGCCCGUCGGGAGUGCCUUCAUCGGGCCCAGCCCAGAGUUUGAGAUGGCACUCUUCACCGUUGUCUUCCUCAUGAACACAGAGAGGAGCACCACAGUGCUGGUCAACAUCGACCAGUGUCAGAUGGAGCUGGUGGUCAUCAGACACGGGCGCUCCCUGGGCACAGCAUAUCCCAAACUGCUCAGCAGCAACAGCAGACAUGUUAGGCAGCACUCACACUGAAUUCACCUCUGAUACACAGUCUUAUUCACAUCCUUGUUUGAGAACAUGGGGCACAAAUUGGUUAAUACGGCACAGACCUGCUCAGUAUAGUGCAGGACACUUAUUAUCAUAAAUACCAAUUUCAAUUAAAAAAAAAUAAAUGCUUUUAAAAAGUAUGUGGUGGUUUUUAUGCAGUAUCUCCAGAUAAUAAAAGUAUGUUACUUUAACCUUUGUAAUACAUUUAAAUAAUUUCUUUAGAUUGUGAGUGUGGAAGAAAUUUUCAAACUGCAUGACCUUUCAUCUCUCAUCUCUCAUCCAAGAGGCUUCUUUUUGAAAACAUCUUCAAGAUCUACAACCAAAUCCAGUUGCCCUACACUCAACUCCUCUUGGAUACUUCUUUGGAAGAAAGCAGUCCCAGUGAAAAC